AUGAGUCUUGGAAAAGUAGCGCAUUAUUCAUUUGAUUUAGUUCUAAUCUCGAUUAUAUUAGCCGGUAUUCAUCGUAAUACUGGAUUAGUUUUCGAUACCAGCAAUUUAUCGUCAGUGGAUGUCCGUAGAUGGUUUGGUAACUACUUAGCAUUUGGUGAACGUUGUUACGACUCAUCAGUGUCUUUAUUGAAAAUGAGUGGUUACUUUAGACAAAAGAAUCUUGUUGUUGAUUAUGUUUCUAAAGAAGCUAACAAGUAUUUGAAGGAACAAACAGGAAGAGAUUUGAAAGAUACAACCAAAGACAAAUAG